AUGCCUUCGCAAGCUCGACAUGAUUUCUUUCUUCGGCUGCAGGGACAGGUUGGUGGUCAUGGAUUCCGUGAACAGUAUGCAGCAUUGCACGUGAUGGCCGGCCCACCCGGAGGAACGCCGGAGUUGCCGGCCCCGACCUCUCCAUCGAGACCAGUUCUUCUGAACGAGCGGCUGAAAGUGAAGUCGUACGAUGGUGGGUCCCAGCGAGGGCGAGCUCAAUAUGACAUCAGGCAUGUCCUCACUCCUUUAGCGGACCCUUAUCACAGCUCAAACAGCGGCACGAAGUUUAACUUAGUACUGGAAAGCUCUGAAGACUUCACUUUGACACACGUCUUCGUAGCUGGUCCGGGAUCGCGGUGUUCUGAGCCAGUUAGAAACGGCCUUGUGUUCGUGUCGGACUCGUGUCCAUCAGUGGAAGAUAGCAAGCGCUACGACUCCCUCAGCGAGGAGGAACUCCAGGAAGCGGUGAAAGCUGCUACUGCCGGCACUGACCAGACCCUGCCUUGUGCAUUCUUCCGGACAGAUGCAACCAGCCGGGAGGUGGAAGUGGAACUCCCGAAGUGGGUGGAGGGCAAGUUUAUCCUGGUCAAGCUGCUGGACACGCACGGGCGGCAGGACCACAUAGAGGUUGGAGUGCUGGCUUUCGUGGGCCACAGCGGCCGCAGGUCAGCAGAGCAGGUGGCAUUUGGACCGUGGAUGCGUCGAUCUGUCCGGCAGCCCAAGGCCAGAGCUCUCGUUCAACGGAGGUGUCGAAAGGCGGUAUUCCAGGAUGGGCUAUGA